CUCCCGUCUAUUUGUUUACAACUUGCCCUGGUUCGCACUUCGCACAACUUCAGCUCCCCUCGCCUCAAAUCGCCCCUCACCCCCUCUCAGCGUGCAUCGUAGCGCGCCCUAACCAAACCCAAACCCAGCUGGCUCCCGUCGUUUCUGCUCUCAUCCAGCUUUGGAAAAACUUCCGCUCUUCAAAGUCUCCUUUGCACUGUAAGUUAUGGGUUUAUGCGCAGCUUUGGAAAAGCUUCCGCUCUUCCAAGCCUCCUUUGCACUGCUGCACGGGUUCUUGGCGCUUCACAGAAGAGCAAGUUUGUUUUGAAAGGGUGAUAGCCGACAGGUGACUCGUGCCCGAGGAAAGAAGAGGCAAUCUGGAAGGGGAUAAUGCAGAACGAGGUGUGACAUGCGCAGAUAAUAAAGAGGUGAUUUUCUGAAGUCCGGCUCCGCUUCGCCUGCUCGCCAGUCGGCACUCGGCAGCCUCGCUUUGUCACACUUUCGCACCUCGCCGCCACUGCCGCUGCUUGUCCGCUCCGCCUUCUAACCGACGAAUGAAUCGAGUGCAGCUGUGAAGAAGAUAUGCAUUGGUGAAUGGUGGCAUUAUGAUUAAAAUGUUGUUGCGUCCUUCACUGCUGAAGUCUUCCUAAGAUGGCUUACAGAUGUUCUCUUCUCAAGUUAUAUGACAUAGAUGGAAAGUACAAUGAGUGAAAACUCUUCUCCAACAAAACCUAAAUGGAGGAAAGUUGCUUAUGGGGGGAUGCAACCUGGUUUUGAUGACAAUCAUACAGAUGAAUCUUUCCUAGAAGAUAUGAUUAUGAACGCCAAUGUGGUCAAAAGAGACUUGCUAAAGGUGAUCCUUGAUUCAGUUUCCAUUUCUCAGUAUAUUUCCACUGUUUGUCUUGUGGUUUUGGUUUGGACCUAUACACUUCGAUCUACCUUGAAUGAAAAUUCACUUUUAGUUCUAAAUGUUAGCCUUCUUGGGUUGGGUUUUUUCAUUCUUCUCUUGACUGCAGACUCAAUCUCCUUUAAUAUUCUUCUCAGUUAUACCCUCAAGAUUUCAUUUUUCAUGACUGGGUUAUACAUGUUGUCUCCUAUCUUCCAUACACUCACCCGAUCCAUAGCCUCAGAUUCUAUAUGGGCACUAACAGCUUGUCUCCUCAUUAUAAACCUCUUCCUGCAUAAUUACUCGGGAUCAACUGUAAAAGCUCCUGGAAGUCAAGAAAACCCAACCCUUAUGAGCAACAUCUCUUUGAAUGCUUCUAUAGUGGCUUCACUUCUAAUUGCCUCUCGCCUUCCAUCAAGGCUUCAUGUAUUUGCCAUUGUGUUGUUCUCCUUGCAAGUUUUUCUAUUUGCCCCAUUUGUCACCUACUGUGUGAAGAAGUUCUCAUUCAAAUUGCACCUUUUCCUCUCUUUCGGGUUAAUGGUCUUGUCCUUAGUUCUCCUUUACUGGUUGCACACACUGCUCUUUAUUUUGUUGUUAGCUGUGUUUGUCUUUGUCAAUUUGGUCUGCCCAUUUUGGCUGAUACGACUUCAAGAGUACAAGUUUGAGAUUAACGGUCCCUGGGAUGAGGCCAAGCUCUGUUUUGCCAUCACAGAAUGAACACCAAAGACUAUAUAUAAUGUUGUGAUGGUGAUGUUAUCAAGAAUGGAAAAAUGUAAGGGGUAUUUUGCAUGAAGAUCUGAUAUACAGAUUGGAGAAACCCUUUAAGCAGUCUCUUAACUAUAUAAGAUUGCAGAGGGAAAGGGUAUGAUUUGGCUCUGAGUCCCAGUGAUAAAGUAUGAGUCAAUAUUGUACAAUCAUGAUGCUCGACAUAGACGCAGAGAUUCUUACAAAUACCGCACGAAGUAUAAUUUGAUACCGUUUAAGUUGCAAAAGCUAAUAUCAUGAAUUAGUUACUUCGUAUAAUGCAUCAGUCUCUAGAAAUACACGGAUUGUUUUUUAAAUUAUGUUUAAAAACAGUCCAUUAAUGUGUGUGAUCAAAUAAAAACUCAUUUAUAGCGUCAAAUACAAGAAUACA